CCUUAUAAAUAUAGUAAAACAACACUAGCCUCCACGACCCAGACCCAGACCAGCUCCAAGCCGCCUGCCCGCAAGUAGUCCCGUACCUGUCCUGAUCCUGUCAACCUGGGGGCGCUGCGUGGGAUACUCCUGCAGGAUACUGGCUCCACACAGAUCUGUGGCUGCACUCAGUAUCAUGUAUGGGGCAUCUAGGGGCGAUGGUGGUGGUGGGAGUUCCCAAGGUGGUGGAAGCUGGAGAGAUGAUAGAGGUGGAAGCUGGAGAGACGAUAGAGGUGGAAGAAAAGGUGGUGGUGGAGGAGGAGGAGGAGGAGGAGGAGGAGGAGGGAGAGGAAGAGGAGGAGGAGGAGGAGGAGGAGGAGGAGGAGGGAAAGGAAGAGGUAGGGGAAGGGGAGGAAUGAGGCAUCCACCUGGGCUAACAGGCAGAGAAAUAGGCUUAUGGUAUGCCAAGAAAGGCCGUGAAAAGGCAGAAAAGAGUGAGGAACAUAAUUUACCAUCAAUUUCUAUGAAUGCCAACCAAGUGCAUAAUGUUGGACGCACACUAGACUCCCUGGAUGGUGGGGGAGGGUCAGGUGCUAGACAUAACCAUCCUCCCUCUAGAGAUGAUCAGCUGGGCCAGGAGUGGGACCAACGCUUGUCUUUUAUUAAGAAACUGGAUUUUGAUGAAGGAUAUGAUGUGGGUGCUGGGAGCAGUCAUGCAAAUGUCAAGCAAGAAUUGCAUGUCAAGCAAGAAUUGCAUGUCAAGCAAGAAGUUGAUGUCUUUUCUAACCCAGAUAGUUGGAUGCAAGAAAAUGCACAAAAACGUAAGAGAUCAUCAGGGGAGUUUGAGAGAAAGCAACGUGGAGACUCCUUGACAGAGCAGCUGAACAAUAUCCAAGAGUCAGAUUUCAAGCGGGCCUAUCUUGCCAAUGUCUAUGGCAAUCAGUUGCGUGAUAGUGGGGGCUUGGAGGCCAUGAAGGAAGGAUCACGGGCCUUGCAUCGACGAUCAGAUGUUGAUGAACGUUUGUAUGAAGAUCUGUUGGCUCAGAGGAAUAGCCAGAUGUACCAACGUAUGCUGGAGGUGCGUAAGAAACUCCCAUCCUACGAGAUGAGGGAUGAGAUUGUCAACACCAUUAACAGUAACCAAGUUGUGGUGCUGAGUGGAGAGACUGGUUGCGGCAAAACAACCCAGGUUGCUCAGUUUAUCCAGGAAGAUGCAAUAUCAUCAGGGCACGGUUCAGUCUGUCGCAUUGUAUGUACUCAACCCCGCCGCAUCUCUGCCAUCUCUGUUGCUCAGCGGGUGGCAGAUGAACGUGGGGAGAAGCUGGGGAGAAGCGUUGGCUAUCAGAUCAGGCUUGAGGCGGUGUUGCCACGAAAUGAAGGGUCCAUCUUGUACUGUACCACAGGCAUUGUGCUCCAGUGGCUUCAGAGUGACCCACUGCUUGCUCAGGUGUCACAUCUUGUGCUAGAUGAGAUACAUGAGCGAGAUAUGUUGUCAGAUUUUAUUAUUUGCAUUGCCAAAGAUCUCAUCAAAGUGCGGCCCAAUUUAAAGGUUAUACUAAUGAGUGCUACACUGAAUGCUGAGCAGUUCUCUGAAUAUUUUGGAGGAUGCCCAAUGAUCCACAUUCCUGGCUUUACAUACCCUGUCAAAGAAUAUUAUCUUGAAGAUGUAAUAGAAACUACCAAAUUUAAAUUUCAAGACAAAAAGGAGUUACCUAUUUGGAAAAGAAGGAGCAACAACAAUCAAAAGAGCAAAAGCUUUGAAGAAAUGAUCACACCCUACCUCAGAGAUCUUGAUAAGAGGCAGCAGUAUUCUUAUCAGACCUUACAAGAGUUGUACAAGCCAGCAAGUGAAGAGCUGAAUUUGGAGUUAGUGUUGGAGCUGCUGCGGCACAUCAGCAGGCAGCCGAUGGGAGCAGUGCUGGUGUUCCUGCCGGGCUGGGACAUGAUCUCCAAGCUCCACAACAUGAUACAGGAUGACACAAUGUUCAACUCACGGAACUACCUGGUAAUUCCCUUACACUCCAUGAUGCCCACUGUAAGUCAGCGUGAAGUCUUCAACACUCCACCCAAAGGUGUAAGAAAAAUUGUCCUUGCUACUAAUAUUGCUGAAACCAGUAUAACCAUUGAUGACAUAGUGUAUGUUAUUGAUGGGGGCCGUAUCAAGAUGAAGAAUUAUGACAAAGAGGCUAACUUGGUAACAUUGCUAGCAGAGUGGGUCACCCUUGCCAAUGCCAGACAAAGGAGAGGACGGGCUGGCAGAGUGCAGGCGGGAAUAUGUUACCACCUGUACUCUCGGGCACGAGAAGCGUUGUUAGAAGAUUACCCACUGCCCGAGAUUCAGCGUACCCGCCUUGAAGAAAUUAUCUUGCACAUAAAAAUUCUCAAACUGGGUUCUGUGAGACCCUUCCUGUCUAAGGUUAUGAUGCCUCCAGAUUCAUCUGUUGUGGAAAUUUCCCUCCAGAUGCUGCAAGCCAUCAAUGCACUGGACAGAGAUGAGAACUUGACCCCACUUGGCUUUCAUGUUGCACGUUUGCCUGUGGACCCUCUCACUGGCCGCAUGCUGCUCAUGGGUGCCAUCUUUUCCUGCAUUUCUCCAGUCCUCACUGUGGCUGCUUCUCUGUCCUUCAAGGAUCCUUUUGUGACUCCCUUGGGCAAAGAGCGUCAAGUGGAUGAAAUCAAACGGAAAUUGUGCAAGAGUAUGCGAAGUGACCACCUGCUUCUGGUGAAGGUGUUUGAAGGAUGGGAGCAGGCAUGCCAGCACCGUGAUGAAAGGAAUUAUUGCUGGGACAAUUUCCUGUCUGGUUCAAUAUUAAACCAGCUGAAGAACAUGAGGAGGCAGUUUAUGGGUCACCUGUAUGACAAUAAGUUUGUCAACACAACUAACCCCAAUGGAGCUGAGGUCAAUAGAAACUCUGAAAACACUGCACUGGUACGAGCCAUCAUCACUGCAGGCCUUUACCCCAAUGUUGCCAGGAUUUUGCCCCAUAAGGGUAAGCCAAAACCAAACAAACCACUCAGGAUUCGAACAGCGCAGGAGCGAAGUGUUGUUCUCCAUCCCAAGUCAGUCAAUGAGCAGGAGAGGGAAUUUGAUUACCCAUGGCUCAUGUACAGGGAGAAGAUAAAGUCUACCAAGGUGUUCAUCCAUGAUAGUUCAAUGGUUCCAAACUAUCCACUUCUCUUCUUUGGGGAAAAGCUGAACUACAACCACAAAGAAAGUGUGAUCAAUGUGGACGGCUUUGUUCGUGUCCGCAGCUCCAGCCAUGUAGCCCAGCUUGUGCAGAGUUUAAGAAAUGAGUUAGAUCACCUUCUUGAGUACAAAAUCAGUCACCCUGGCAUCACCCGCUGGGAUAGAAACAGCAAGGAGGGCAUGCUGCUGAACACCAUAGUUGACUUGAUAAGCAGCGAGCGAGGCACCUCUCAGGACACCUGCUACUAUGACUCUGAUGACCAAGACGAUGAUGGCAAUUAAAGGAAGGGAGAUCCUGCCAGAGUCACCAUCAUCACUUCACUCUCCUGUGGAAAAAAAUAAAUGGAAUUAUUUUGAAGGUUAUUUAAAAAGUAUUAAGAAAUUAUUCAUUUUCAUGUACAUCAUGGACUUUAUAUUCAUUAUAUCAGUAUUUAUUUAGAAGGAUGUAAUGUACACUCAACUAUGUUAAGUAAAGAUCUGAAUUAAA